CACCACCGACAUGUAUAACCGCAAAAAUAACCACCUCUCUGUUUCCAUCGUCCUCCUCUCUGUCUUCCUCAUCGGAAUCAUCUUCUACGAUGAAGAUAUCAAAUACCUAACACAAUUCCCCCGCUCUACACCUUAUUUUCAGAAAAUCCAACCCCAUGAAAACCCACUUCCAGUGUCGAACAUUAAUGAGAAACAAAGCUCAAAACUGUCGGCAAUGGUGGAAGACGAUGAAGACAUGGAAUUCCCACCAGAAAGCUGCGAUAUUUUCGAUGGGAGUUGGGUUUUUGAUGAUUUGACACGCCCUUUGUAUAGAGAAGAGGAGUGUGAAUUUCUGACUGAACAGGUUACGUGUUUGAAAAAUGGGAGACAAGAAUCUAUGUAUCAGAAGUGGAGGUGGCAACCUAAAGACUGUAAUUUGCCAAAGUUUAGAGGGAAAUUGUUGGUGGAGAAAUUGAAGAACAAGAGGCUUAUGUUCGUUGGAGAUUCGUUGAAUAGAAAUCAAUGGGAAUCAAUGGUGUGCAUGGUUCAAUCGGUUGUUAGUUCAGGAAGAAAAAGCUUGAUCAGAACCGGGUCUUUCUCCAUUUUCAGAAUUGAGGAUUAUAAUGCCACAGUGGAAUUUUACUGGGCCCCAUUUCUGGUAGAAUCAAACUCGGAUGAUCCAAGAAAACACAGCAUAUUAGACAGAAUCAUCAUGCCUGAAUCAAUCAAUAUCCAUGGUCAAAAUUGGAAAAAUGUUGACUAUUUGGUCUUCAACACAUACAUUUGGUGGAUGAACACAAGAAACAUGAAAGUGCUGAGAGGAUCGUUUGAUGAAGGAGCAAUCGAAUAUGAUGAAAUCAAGAGGCCUUUAGCAUAUGCACGAGUGUUGAAGACAUGGGCCGAGUGGAUUGAUAGAAACAUAAACCCUAAUCGUACAACAAUCUUCUUCAACAGCAUGUCUCCUAUCCAUAUGAAUCUGGACUGGGACAACCCUGUUGACACCAAUUGCGCAAAAGAAACGAGUCCGAUCUUAAACGUGUCCACGCCACCAAACGUAGGCACAGACCGCGGCCUUUUUACUAUUACAACCGAUGUGAUUCAAUCAAUGAAACUCCCAGUGAACCUCAUCAACAUAACUACUCUUUCAGAGUAUCGAAAAGAUGCACACACCUCAAUCUACACCAUACGCCAAGGAAAAUUCUUAACCCCAGAACAAAAAGCAAAUCCUGAUGUUUAUGCAGACUGUAUCCAUUGGUGCUUACCUGGAUUACCUGACACGUGGAAUGAGUUUCUUUACACACUUAUCAUUUCUCACUUGUGACCCACAUGAACAUUGUAUUUCUUGUAUAUGUUUUUCUUUUAACUAUUUCUUUUGAUUACUAU